AUGUCUUCAUAUUUGAUCAAAAUAGCUGCACAAGCCCCCGGUGACGAGGAUUGGGCUGGCCAGCAUCGUGCUCAGCAAACGGCGGCCAACCUCGCAGCUUUCCUGAAUGCAUGUGCGGGAUGGCGGGCUAUCGAAGUGCGCGAUAGACCCCGCCCCUCUGCUGGACAGCCUGUCCCAUCUCCUACUGGAUUUCCUGCUCGAGCGAUCGGUUUGACUAUCCAUGAGCCAGUAGCCGACGAGGGGUUGAAGUGUAGGCUGAAUGAUACCUGGAAUUCUGUGAAGCAAACCGCGGAAGUCACCGUGGAAAACGAGGAGACGGGUACAGCAACGAAUUUGUCGUUCUAA